GACAUUCAUCCCACUCCGCGUGAUCGUCCUUAUCCUAGCCGUCCUCGCGGCCGCCGCGGCUGUGCAGUGACCGCGCGGAGUUGCUGUGCGCAUGCGCGCUGACCGGCGCGGCGGCCCCGGUGACGGGCCGGUACCGCGUUCAUAUAAGUGGGCGGACGCGGGCGCGCGCAGCUUCAUUGUGCACCGAGGUGGCAGAGGAGGACCGAGGAGUGCCGGAGCCGCGGGCCUGGUGGAAUUUUCUGCGCGCCGUGUGUCCAGGCACACAUACACCUACUGCCAGACGAUGAUGAGGGCUCUGGUUCUUUUGGCUGUGGCGGCCUACGCCGCUGCGCAGCGCGAGCUGAUCCUCCCCGACCCGCGAGCCUGCGCCAACCGCGUCCGACACGCACACGAGUUCCGUAACGGCCACCACUACUUCUACUCGUGGCGGCACCGGGCCACCUCGCGUCACGAGCGCGACUGGCUGGACGCACGCAACAUCUGCCGCAAGCACUGCCAGGACCUGGUGUCGCUCGAGGACCCGCAGGAGGCGCGCAUGAUUGAGAACGCCGUUGCGCAGGACAACGUGCGCUACAUCUGGACGUCCGGACGCAAGUGCGACUUUGACGACUGCGACCGCCCCGACCUGCAGCCCAAGCUCAUCAACGGCUGGUUCUGGUCGGGCUCUGGCCAGAAGAUGCCGCCGUCCAACACGCGCACCGCCCCCAACUACCCUAACUGGUCGCCCACGGGCGGCUCGGGCCGCGCGCAGCCCGACAACCGCGAACACGACGAGGGCACCGGCGAGGAGAGCUGUGUCGGCAUCCUCAACAACUUCUACGGCGACGGCGUCAAGUGGCACGACGUGGCCUGCCACCACCAGAAGCCCUGGGUGUGCGAGGACUCAGACGAGCUGCUCAACUACGCCCGCUCCACCAGUCGCAUCCGCAUCCCCUGAACAGCGCCGCAGACGUCAGUUCACCAUCGCUAGUUACGUCAGCUGAUGUCAGCAAAGUCAUGUGACAGCAGACAUCAACAGCCAGCACUGUUAGCGAACCAAGUGUAAAUGUGUGUGGCUGAGGAUCGAUAAAAUUCAAAACACGUUCGUUUGCGCGGAAAUGUCCUCAUCCAAUAGGUCAAGGUCAAGGUUUUUGCAGGAUUCGUAAACUGAAACGGAUGUCUGAUAGGUCAGCUCAGUCUCGAUCAGAAGGAUAAAAGAGCGACCGUCCCACUUCCACGAGUAGGGCCAGGGUAGAACUGUGACCGGAGAUGUGUAUUUGAUAGCAGUGCAUGGUAUCGCAUUAGCCGUAGGUGUUUAUGCUGCGGUAUUGUUAUUUUAUUGUUUGAGAGCCGUGUAAUAUAUUGAUUUAUUAAA